CAUAAAAGAAAUACCAGUGAUCAUUACACAGCGCUAUCAUCUGACAGAAUGUGCAAACGGGGCAUGGUUCUCUUAGUCAUAACUGUUUGGGAUGGCUUAUCUUGGCAUCACAUUGAUGGAGGGGAAACAACGACGGUAAGGCAUUAACCAGCCGUGUAAAUGAUUGAAUAAAUCACUGUGACAUCUUUGGGCUGGGGCUCGUAAAGCCUGAAGGAGCAGCAUCCCCUUCAGACUUUGAUCAGAACAUGCUGGAGAGUACAGUUUAGGUGUGAGAAGAGUCACAAGGUUCCCUGUCAACCUGGUGACAGUUUUUACCCAGUUUUAAAGGCCUGGGGUUGCCAUGGCGGUACGCCGCUUGUCGUUUUGGGCGGCUGUGCUGCUCCUGGCCUCCUUGGAUCUCUGGUGCUCCUCUUCCUCGGCUCCCUGUCCAGAAUCCUGCGUUUGCCGAGGAGCUCUGCUGCUGAACUGCUCCUCGGCUGGCCUGUCCUCGGUACCGCAGCCCGUCCAGGACCCGAUCGCCGAGCUCGACUUGUCUCAUAACCUCCUCAGCUCUGUCACUUUUCAUCAACCGCAUCCCAACCUCAGGAACCUUUGGCUGGGGAACAACAGCAUCCCACACUUGUCUCUCUGCAUAGAGAGAACCGUCACGGCUCGACGUCUCGGGCGUCGCUCGGCGGCCGGGAGCGGGUCCAGGUGCCUGACCUGGGCCCCCGCCUUGCAGCUGCUAUCAGCUGAGAGGAACCUGCUGGAGCGGCUGCCGCAGGGCCUGGAUGCUGUUGAAUCCUUACAGGUCCUGGAGCUGUCUUUCAACAGGAUCUCAAGUCUUGAACCGGGAGUCCUUGGUGACCUUCAUCAGCUGCGGGAGCUUCAUUUACAGCAUAACCUGAUUACACAUCUGGAUCCACAGAUGUUUCAGAAUUUAGAGCAACUCCAGGUUCUUGACCUGAGGUUCAACAUGUUAACAACCAUGCAGCAAUUGACAUACCUCACUUUGCACGACAUUGGAGCAGAUGUUAAGCUGCGUGGAAACAGGUGGCGCUGUGACUGCAACAUGCGUAGUAUAAGAAGGCAGAUGGCUUAUGACAGCACCAGAGGCAUGCAGACCUGGAACAUCAUAUGUUUUGAGCCUUCCACCGUCUCAGGCAAAGACCUUCUGCAGCUGGAUGAGGAGGACCUAACGUGCUUAAGCUCUGAAAACAACUUAAAUCUUCACCGAGAUGUGACGGUGUACAGUGGCGCUGAGAUCCUGCUCUCCUGCUCAGCACAAGAGUCAGAGUGGUGGACACCCGAUGGUCGAGCAUCUGUGAGCCAGCAAGAAGAUCGUCUGCUCAUCAGUGACUUUUCAGAGGGAGAUACAGGACUGUAUGUGUGUGUAUCUGAAGAAGACCACGUUCUGUCUGUUUUUAACCUCCAAAUCAGUAAAAUGAGAGGUGCAAGACAGGAAAGAAGGUUACCCGGGGUCCGCAGUCAAACAACCCCACAAACACCUACAAGCAGGAUCGCUGGAGAGACAGCUGGGGGCUUUACACACUCUGACCUGGCUUUGGCAGUGUGUCUAUCGAUUUUCUUCACGUUUCUGUUGGCGUUCAUCCUCGGAGUCCUGGCGAGACCAUGUAUCGACAGGCUGUGGAGAAUGGUCAGCAAAAAGAAAGACUCCCCAGCGACUCAUACCGUCACUUCUGCUCAACAGAGACAUUAUGACAACCAGGCCUUUUCAAAUGCUGAGGAACCAGAAGAGAUAGGACAUCACAGGGAGAGAAGAGUCACUUUUAGUCGCAUAGAGGUCACAGAGGAAAACAAUGUGCAAUAUUAUGAUGCUGUUGCGAGUGGCGAUCAGCAGAGCAUUAGAAGCGACGAGGUGUUUGAGUAUCAAGAAGUCGAGGUUGACUUACAUAGGCGACCCAGGGAAAAGCAGAGUGAUGACAGUAGCUCAGCUGAAUUGGCUGCAGAGCGCCUGCGCAACAUGGAGUUUGAACCUAUUCCAGACCCAGAUGAGCUUGAGGAGAGGAGAAGCCUUUCAUCAUCCUCAGAUUCUUCAGUAUCAAACCAAACGACCAGAAAGCACACCAUGCCCAAGUCUCUUCAGCUGGUAGAAGACUCAUUUCAAACGAGAGCAGAUUUAUCAAUAGCCACAAAAACAGAAAUCCCACAAAUAUCCACAAAGGGCAAAAGUGAAUAUCCUGGCUCCUCUGUUCUACAUACUUAUAAGGCAAACACCACAGACUCUGAUAUUUCUCAGGGUGAUGAAGAACUAUUUGAAUUCAGUGAUGGUGCUCAAAGUCCCUCAGCCAAGACUGGCUAUGAUGCAAAAAGUCCAAGAGAUGUACUGGAGUAUUCCUCUUCCGCUUCCUCUGAUUCAAGUGACAGUGACAGGGAGCCAAUGCGAACUAAAAUCAAACAAAAGACAAAAAAGAAGCAGAAGAAAGUUGCACAAAAAUCAAAACCUGGAACAAGUUCAUCUUCUUCUUCCCACAGUGAGAGCAAAGAAAAAAUGACAUAUGAUGGUAGAGGCAGAAUCAACAUUCAGCAGCUUCCACUACAAGAGUCCAAAACAAAACAUGAGUCAGAUGAACGUUGGCCUGCUGUAGAUCUUCAGCACAUUCCUCGUCUCAAAAGGCGUCUCGAUAUCAAAGCACUGUUACCAAGUUCUGAUUCAUCUUUUAGGAGGGAGAGUGAGGAUCUGACAAAAAAUACACAAGAUGAGUUAAUGAUAGCAAGACACCCCACUAAUGAGUCUCAAAAAGUAAGUCCUAAGCCAGGAAACCAACUGCCUGGCUUUGAACUCAGAAAAACAUCAGCAAACAAGAGACCUCUUGACCCCAAAGAACCAACAGCAGGUUCAGAUUCAUCUUCUAGUAGUGACCAUGACAUGAAAGUCCAUAUAACACAACAGAAACAAGAGGACUUGCCAAAAUCAAAGUUUCCAACUAAAGUAACUGAGACGGUAACCCAGAAAGCUCCAAGCCAGUGGCCUUCAAUUGAUCUUGGGAGAGUAACGAGAAUAAAAAGACGUCUGGAUAUCAAAGCACCAAAAGCAGAUUCAGAUUCAUCAUCUAGCAGUGACAGUGAGGAUGAAGCAAGAGAUCAAUUGAUGAAACAAAAGCAAGAGGAAUUGCUGAUGUCAAGGCUUCCAGGUAAAGUUUCUCCAACAGUGCAUCCCAAACCAGAAAAUCGUUGGCCUGCACCUGAACUUGGAAAAACAACCCAAAUCAAGAAAAAUGUGGAUAUCAAAGCAGCAUCCACAGAGUCAGACUCAUCUUCUAGUAGUGACAGUGACAAUGAAAGAAAAGAUUAUAUGACAUCAAAAGAGCAAAUGGAAUUACAUCUCUCAAAAGUUCCAACUAACUUAACUACAGCAAGUCAGAAACCAAAAAGUCAGUGGCCAGUACUUGAUUUUGGGAGAGUAACAAGAAUAAAAAGACGUCUGGAUAUCAAAACACCAAAAGCAGAUACAGAUUCAUCAUCUAGUAGUGACAGUGAGUAUGAAACAAGAGACCCUAUGAUGAAAUCAAAACAAGAAGAAUUGCUGAUGCCAAGGCUUCCAAGUAAAGUUUCUCCAAUAGUACAUCCCAAACCAGAAAAUCGUUGGUCUGCACCUGAUCUUGGCAAAACUACCCAAACCAAGAAAAAUGUGGAUAUCAAAGCACUAUCAACAGAUUCAGAUUCAUCUUCUAGUAGUGACACUGGCAGUGACAUUGAAAGAAAAGAUCAAAUCACACAAGAGAAGCAAGAGGAGUUAUAUAUUUCGAAACUCCCAACCAAUGUAACUACAUUAACCCAGAAGCCAGCAAACCAGUGGCCUACCCUUGAUUUUGGGAGAACAACAAAAAUCAAAAGACGUCUGGAUAUCAAAGCACCCACUGCAGAUUCAGAGUCAUCAUCUAGUAGUGACAGUGAGGAUGAAACAAGAGGCCAUGUGAUGAAACCAAAGCAAGAGGAAUUGCUGAUGUCCAAGCUUCCAAGUAAAGUUUAUCCAACAGUGCAUCCCAAACCAGAAAAUCAUUGGUCUGCACCUGAUCUUGGCAAAACAACCCAAAUCAAUAAACCUGUGGUCAAAGCGUCAUCAACAGAUUCAGAUUCGUCUUCUUGUAGUGAGAGUGACAAUGAAAGAAAAGAUCAAAUCACACAAAAGAAGCAAGAGGAGUUAUACAUUUCAAAACUUCCAACUAAAGAAACUACAGUAACCCCAAUGCCAGAAAACCAGUGGCCAACCCUUGAUUUUGGAAGAGUAAAACGGAUCAAAAGACGUCUGGAUAUCAUAGCACCCACCGCAGAUUCAGAUUCAACUUCCAGUAGUGACAGUGAGGACGAAACAAGAGGCCAUGUAAUGAAACCACACCAAGAAGAAUUGGUGAUUUCACAGCUUCCAGGUAAAGUUCCUCCAACAGUGCAUCCAAACCCAGAAAAUAAUUGGUCUGCACCUGAUCUUGGCAAAACUACCCAAAUCAAGAAACCUGUGGAUAUCAAAGCAUCAUCAACAGACUCAUCUUCUAGUAGUGACAGUGGUGAUGACAUGAAAGACCACAUAAAACAAAAGAAGCAAGAGAAGACGCAUAUCUCAAAACGUCCAGUUAACGUAACUACAUCAACCCAAAAGCCAGCAAACCAGUGGCCUACCCUUGAUUUUGGGAGAACAACAAAAAUCAAAAGACGUCUGGAUAUCAAAGCACCCACUGCAGAGUCUGAGUCAUCAUCUAGUAGUGAUAGUGAGUAUGAAACAGAAGGCCAUGUGAUGAAACCAAAGCAAGAGGAAUUGCUGAUGUCCAAGGUUCCAAGUAAAGUUUAUCCAAUAGUACAUCCCAAACCAGAAAGUAAUUGGUCUGCACCUGAUCUUGGCAAAACAACCCAAAUCAAGAAACCUGUGGAUAUCAAAGCAUCAUCAACAGAUUCAGAUUCAUCUUCUAAUAGUGACAGUGACAAUGAAAGAAAAGAUCUAAUCACACAAAAGCAGCAAGAGGAGUUAUAUAUUUUGAAACUUCCAACUAAUGUAACUACAUCCACCCAAAAACCAGCAAGCCAGUGGCCUACCCUUGAUUUUGGGAGAACAACAAAAAUCAAAAGACGUCUGGAUAUCAAAGCACCAAAAGCAGAUUCAGAGUCAUCAUCUAGUAGUGACAGUGAGGAUGAAACAAGAAGUCAUGUUUUGAAACCAAAGCCAGAAGAAUUGCUGACGUCCAAGCUUCCAAGUAAAGUUUAUCCAAUAGUACAUCCAAAACCAGAAAAUAAUUGGUCUACACCUGAUCUUGGCAAAACAACCCAAAUCAAGAAACCUGUGGAUAUUAAAGCAUUAUCAACAGAUUCAGAUUCAUCUUCUAGUAGUGACAGUGACAAUAAAACAAAAGAUCAAAUCACACAAAAGAAGCAAAUGGAGGUACAUAUCUCAAAACCUCUAACUAACGUAACUACAGCAAUUCAAAAGCCAGCAAACCAGUGGCCUUCCCUUGAUUUUGGGAGACUAACACGACUCAAAAGACGUCUGGACAUCAAAGCACCUACAGCGGAUAAAGAUUCAUCAUCUAGUAGUGACAGUGAGGAUGAAACAAGAGGCCAUGUAAUGAAACAAAAGCAAGAGGAAUUGCUGAUGUCCAAGCUUCCAAGUAGAGUUUAUCCAACAGUACAUCCCAAACCAGAAAAUCGUUGGUCUGCACCUGAUCUUGCCAAUAUAACCGAAAUCAAGAAAAAUGUCGAAAUCAAACCAACAUCAACAGAUUCAGAUUCGUCUUCUAGUAGUGACAGUGACAAUGAAAGAAAAUAUAAAAUCACACAAAAGCAGCAAGAGGAGUUAUACAUUUCAAAACUCCCAACUAAUGUAACUACAUCCACCCAAAAACCAACAAACCAGUGGCCUACCAUUGAUUUUGGAAGAGUAACACGAAUCAAAAGACGUCUGGAUAUCAAAGCACCCAAAGCAGAUUCUGAUUCAUCUUCCAGUAGUGACAGUGAGGAUGAAACAGGAGUGAAAAAACAAGAGGAAUUGCUGAUUUCACAGCUUCCAGCUGAAGUUCCUACAACAGUUUGUCCUAAACCAGAUAAUUGUUGGUCUGUACCUGAUCUUGGAAAAACAAAAGAAUUCAAGAAUCCUCUAGUUCCUAGGGCACAAUCAACAAACUCUGAUUCAUCUUCUGGUAGUGACAGUGAUAGUGAAAAAGACAAAAUGACAAAACUGAAACAAGAAGAUUUACUAAUAUCAAAGCAGCCAGUUCAAACAAGCCAAAAAGCAAGUCAAAAGCAAGGAAACCAGUGGCCUUCCCUUGAUCUUUGGAAAAUAAGACAAUUUAAAAGACGUCUUGAUAUCAAAGCACCAGCAGCAGAUUCAAAUUCAUAUUCUAGCAGUGACAGUGAGGAUGAAACAAGUGGGCAUGUGGUACAACAAAAACAAGAGGAACUGCGGAUGUCAACGUCUUCUACCAAGAUGACAAAGGUAAAAUUGGAAAAUCAAUGGCCUUCAUCUGUUCUUGGCAAAACAUACAUCAAGAGUCCUCUAGAUAUUAAGGUACCAUCUCCAAGUUCUGACUCAUCUUCUAGCAGUGAGGAUGAGACAAGAGGUCACAUGAAAACACAAAAGCAAGAAGAAUCACUAAUCUUAAGGAAUUCAGCUGACAUAACUCAAUCAUUAAGAUCUAACUCAGAAAAUCAAUGGCCUACCCUGGAUCUUGGACAAAUACCAAGUAUUCAAAGACGUCUAGAUAUCAAAGCUGCUAUUCCUCGUGAAUCAUUGUUGAAAGUUGACAGAGAGAGAAACCUUGAAGGAGUCAAUCCAUCCUUAACCAGACAGGUACAUGAUAAAGCUUCAUCACCAUUGCUACAGUUGGGUCUCAACAGCAAAUCAAACAAGUUUAAAAAAUCUGAAUCACAAUCAUCCAGUAGUGAAAGUGAGGAUGAGAACAGAGACCAGAAAGCUAAAAACAGAAAAGAUCAAUCCUUUACAUCAACAGCCUCAGAGAAAUUAAUAAGGUUUCAAAUAGCUCCUGGGAUAUACAUUCCUUACAAUCCAAAGACAGACCACAACAUCAAAUUGCAAAAGUAUACUGAUAUUUCAGGUGACCUGGAGGACAUGCCAACAAAUGACACCAGCAGAACAACACUUGAGGUAGACCCAGAGCUUCAGUCAAGAUGGGCCACAAUGAAUCUUGGAGUCUCCCGCUUCCGAAAGCGUCUCGAAAUCUCACCCCAUGCAACAGAAUCCGAUCUGAACUCCCCAGCAGACUCUUCUUUCACCUCCGGCAGUGAAAGUGGUUCUGGGAGAAGACAAAGACUAAGGAGAAGGUUUGUUGGGAUCCAAGAAACACACAAAAGCUUGUCUCCAGAGCUGGAAAAUGUUCAACUAAAUGUGUCUCCAACUCCAAAGAGUCCAGAAGACACGUUCACUUUCUCAGAUAUAGUUAAACAGAGAAUAAAUAAAAAUCACAGUGAUAAAGAUUCAAGUAGCCCAUCAAAGCAGAGCUCUAAUUCCUCUUCUAGCAGUGACAGUGAGGAUGAGACAAAAGACCACAGUGUUAUUGACCUGAGUCGUGGUGUCCCACGCAUUAAGAGGCGGUUAGAUAUCAAGGCACCGUCUCCAGAGCCAAGUAAUACCCCACCUUUUCUCAUUGGAAAUGAAGACUUGACAGAGCACAAUGCAUUGCAAAGCACACAAGCAUCAACUAUCAUUGGACCAACAGAUGAAUCGCUUAUCACUUAUAAGCGAUCUAUUUUCAAAUCCUUAUCACUACCAAGUAGUUCUUUCACACCGAAUGGCAGCCGUCAGACUGUCAGCUAUAUCCCCAAUCUUUCAAAAGAUGGGUCAAAUGACAAGGAUACGUCUCUUUCUUCAAAGGCCCCAAAAAGUACAAGCUUUGAUGACAUCAUAAAGAGGAGACUGAGACCAUCCAGAUCCAAGACCGAUGGAGACCUGAUGGAAAAAAUAAAAUGGACUCAUGUUGGUCAUCAUUUGCCUGACCUUUCAAGCUCCAAAUCAGGAGAAGGUGUAGAUGUAAUGUCCAAAUCUCUGCAGCAAGCUUCAUUCACAGAGCUAACUUCUCCCUCAAACGAUUCUGAAAGUAGUACAACUGCCUUUAGCAUAUUGCAGCUCAGCAAGAAGUCAGAUGCAACACAAACACACAAAUAUUCAUCACUUGGUCCUGAAGUUGCACCCUCUCCCUCCGGUGAUGUUCUCCGUGUGCUUGGAAACUCGUCCCAAAGGACACCAGAAAUUCAGAGGGCUGCAUUAGGGGACAAGAAUGAGAGAAAAGGCCUGAGUGCCCUAAAAGCCAUGUCACGAGACAGGAGAAACUGGGAGGGGGAUGAAGAUAGACAUCUUGUGUUUGAUACACAAGAUGGCAGCAUCUCCAGUCACAGCCAGUCUGAAAAAGACAAAGUCUCGUCUCAACAGUCUCAAAUUCAUUCUCCUUCUGCGAGUGAGUCGAAAAAAGACAUGGAUUUGUUGCUGUUGUACGGUGUUCCCCGCUACAAGAGACAUGGUAUUGGGGACUCAUUGACGGAGACUUCACUUCCUGAUCCAGCUACACCUCAGCAAGAUGACUGAAGAGGGCAAAAGGUGGGGGGCAAAAGGUGGGGAGAAAAGAUCCUGCUGGUAGAAAAAGUAAAAGUAUGAGCAGGUGUGAAAUCAGGAAGAACUGGCAGCCAAUUGGAGUUGUUUUUUUUUUUUUUAAAUAUGCACAUUAUUUUUAAGUGUCAAUUAUUACAACUGUAUAAGCUUUGAAAUUACAUGUCAAUAUUUGUGACUAGUAAUUUUAGGAGCAGCCAACCUCAAUUAUGUUUAAUGUUUGAAACAAUUUUUGGUUGUUACUUUUAAAUGAUCAAGACACUUUCAAAUCAAGUUCACUAUGAGAUCAUUUAUACUCCUACCUACAUUAAAACCAUUUCCUAAAGCAGAUAUAGAGCCUGAGUAUUUGUAAAGAGGUGGACUGUAAUCGUAAUGUCUGUUGUACUUAUUUCUCCCCCCAAACAUCCUGUAUAGUCAGAGAAUCCAAGUAUCAGCCAGUAAGUUAAUAAACCUUUUUAUUUAUGUGUAUAGACAUUGGUUAUAGUGAAAACAAACAUAUAGACACUCAUUGUUUACAUACAUAUUUACAGUUGGGACAAGGCUGUUCAUCCUCCUGCAUUUUCAUUGGAGAAUACUAAAAGAUUUAUCUCUACACAGUAUUUGGUAAGCAAUGAAACAGUUAAAUCCAGUUUUUGCUAAUGGUGGAGAUCCCCAAUGGAAUCGUAUGUGUGUGAUCUAAUGACUGAUUUUUAUGUGCACCAUAACAACUGCAGAAUUUUUUUUUUAUAUAUAUGUAUAUAUAAAAAAAAUAUAUAUUGCAUGAACUUCAAAAUAAAAUAAGAGUCUUCACACCGGUUGCAGCCGUCUUAUUACUCUCUACAUAAUGAUGCGUGGGAUGGGAUAAAUGCAGGAGGGAACUCCUGAGCCACCAUGAGGUUUACAGGUGUGUUCCAGGUCGUAGUGGACACAAUUGUAUUUUUUAAUUUUUUUUUUCAUAGGAAAAAUAAACUAACAUGACUGUGUUUGUCAAAUUAAGCACAAAACACAUGCACAAAUAACUGUACAAAACAAAGCAUGUCUGAAAAAUGUUUUCAAAAAAUCUCAUCCAUUCACAAAAGGCUCUGUCAGAGCAUGCAUGCAAAUAGUAAAUCUUCUGACGGUGCAGCAUCACAUCACAGUCAAAGACAAAAAAGAUUUUAUACAUGUGUUACAAGAACAUUACACAAGGCGAACAGAACAGCAUAGCAUCAUCACACACUUUCAAACGGUCAGUGUCCACAUUUUUUUCGUUUACGCCCUACGGGUGGUACAAAGAAACGCUUUGAGCAAACCUACCUCGCUAGCCUAAAGGACGCCGCGUCCUCGGAGGGUCUCGGGUGUUCCACUGCAGCUGUAGUAACACUGUCAGCGUUGGGAGGAAUGCUACUCGUUAAAAGGAGACCAGAAACUAUCCAUGGACUGAGGAAGACGAACAAAUGCCAAAUACCAAGACAAAAAAAA